UGCAGACUGGAAAUAGGAAGACAGUACUACUUGUGUGGUAGAUACAGGUUGAAAGCUUAAAAUGGUUUUGAAGAAGAAAAAAGAAAUUAAGGUUGAUGCCGUGGUUCUUGAUAGUUUGAACCUUCAGCGACUUUACAGUUUCACAGAUGAAAAAAGACAAAAUUUGCCAUCACUGCUGCUUCAUUGUGUAAAGCUAAGAGAUGGAGUCGAACAAAUUCACUGCCUCAAAAAGAUGGUACCUCUGUUGGAAAAUCUCCAUUGCAGCUCUUCAAAUGCAGAUAUGUCUUGGUGCUGCCUAGCGGUCUUAUCUGAAAUGUUCUUCUCAGUAGCAUCAAAGAAUCCGCUGAAGAAGGUCAUCGCAAGCUCAUUAAAUAACAUUCCAGACCACUGUAAGGAAGAUGCCAUCAGCACUUUCUCCUGUUGUUUAAAAGAAGAUAUUGGGACCAGAGACCCAGAGAAAUAUAGGUCUGUGUUAGACAACCUGGCUUCUUGCCUGGACAACUUCAGCCUAGGAACCAACUGUGUGACAAAUCUGUUUCUAGAAAUCCUUCAGUUCCUAGAAGUUGUGUUGCGAACAUUCCAAACCCAUAACAAAAAAGUCCAGGGAGACAGCAUUGCUCAGACACAGCUUAUGCACAACCUGCUGAACGCUGUAAAAGUCUCCAUGACCCUCGUACAGAGAGUGCCUGAGCACGUAUGGGCCUCUCUUAAGCGUGAUUUCCAGUCCCCUCUAUGGGAAACCAUGUGUAACUUGCUAUCCUGCUUUGCUGCUUUUGUGCUGGACGAUGAUCUUUUGCAAAAUGUCCAAAGCACCUCAGGUUUAGCUGUUGUCCUCUAUAUGAAAAUCAUGUUUAAGCAAUGUGAUGAGCUACUGAAACUGGUUGGUGACCUGAUAUUCCGUACUGUGAAUACCGAGGAUGUACCAGGUUGGUUUCAGAGCUCCUGUGGAUGUCUAUGCAUAGAUCUCCCGGACACCUCAGUUCUCUUCCUAUGCCAAGGAGCUCUGGCUAUGCUGGAAUGGAAGGAUGGCAGCUUGGGUCAUAGCGGGGAAAAACUGCUCCUUGACUUGCUUACAGUUUUGCUAUCUCUCAGUUCAAGUUUGAAAGAGUCUAGCACAGCCAUGUUACUAUCUAGGAUUUUAGGCAUGUGGACAGUUUCGGCCUUAGAUGUUGUCCGCUCCUGUUCCACAAACUUACGUGACCAUCUUCUUGGCCAGGCAAGUGCCCUGUGCAAGCUCCGAGAAUAUGUUUACAUACACUGGGAACAUCCUUUAGAUGCUGUAAGACAUCAGACCAAACUUAUUUUCAAGAACCUUCUUCAAAUUCAUCGAGCAGCAGUCGCAGUGCCUGACAAGAAUGUGGACCCAUUUCUUUCAGAUCUUACACAGAAUUUAUUACAGCUGGAAUGGCACUCAAAAGGGAAAUAUGCUUCGCUUGCUUGUCUAGUUGAAUGUAUAGGAGCAGAAAGGAUUUUGUCAGUGGAUCCAACAAUUCCUACACAAAUCUUGGAUGUUAUGGGGGACCAGUCCUUUGCUCCCUAUGCAAGUAACCUGUUAGAAGCCAUGUCAGUGAAUCACAAGAACCAACUUAUGUCUAAACACGAGAAGAACUCUUGGGUUGACCAGUGGCACGAAACCUGGGUUUCUCCUCUUAUCUAUCGACUUUGUGAAGAUAAUAUAAGCCAAACCACUUAUAUUAUUGAUUACUAUUUACCUAAAUUACUGAAAUGCAACACUGAAAGCUUAAACUAUAUGAUUGACAUUCUGCAAACGUCUGCUGCUUCAAAUGUUGGGUCUGGUAGUAAUCGAGGUGCUCUCGGUGCCUUGAUGGCAUGUUUAAGGACAGCCAGAGCUCACGGACACAUCAAGUUUACUGAAAACUAUGUUUGGAUUGGAAAGGUGUCAAUAGCAUUAAUAAAGCAAGGUUUGGUCCACAGGCACGAUCAGGUUCGAAUUGACGCUCUGGGUCUUCUUUGUGAGAGUCACUGGAGCACUGAAGUGUUGUCAUUGGAUGAGAUGCACCUGAUUCAGUUCUGUCUGACAUACAACUUAAACUGCCAGGCCCCAUCAGUGAGGCAGCAACUUUGCUACUUGAUUAAGAAGCUAUUCUGCCGUGUUCAAGAAAGCUCCCAAGUUCUCUUUAAACUAGAACAGAACAAAAAGAGAACUUCAGAAGUUGAAUGUGUGUGGGAUCCUUCAACAGCUCUUCAGCAGUACGGAGAAUUCAUGACAUCUAUAACAGAGUGUCUCUUUGAGUCCCUUUUUGUGGGUUCUUCCCAUCCAACCAGAUUUACAGCCUUAACUAUCCUGGGAUCUGUUGCUGAACUAUUUUCUGCUGAAGGUCCGUGUCACACUGUGUUUAAUUUUGCUCAAUCAGUAACCAGAAAACACAUCCAAGUCCUCCUAGAAUGCUUCAGUAACACAUUUGAGGAAGUAAAACUUUUAGCUUUUGAACUUCUAAGAAAAUUGCCACCUUGUGCUUUAGGACUGCAGGACUCCCAGAAACUGUUUAACUUGCUUCAAGCAGCAAUGAAUCUGAGCACAAGUACAAAACACUUUGAUUGUGUGACUGCAUCCUACUUGCUGAACUUCUUGACGUAUCAGGAAGAUCUCCAAAGUGCUUUGAUCACCUGGAUGCGGUGCCAAGAGGAAAUGCCAGCCUGCAAAUUACUGACAGCUCAAUGUGGGAGUUUUGAGGAGCUAAACACCUUCAUUGUUGUCAGGUCGCUUAUGACUAACCUUGAUAAUGAAAUCAAGCAAGCCGAAAAAUCCUUGUUGCAAGCAGCGGCUUCAUUUCCACUGUACGGCCGUGUACACUGCAUUAUCGGAGCACUGCAACAGCUCUCCUUCAAGGAUGUCUCAAUGGUGUCAGAAUGGAGAGAAACGUUAUCAGAGCUUAUCUCUAUGUCAUACAGAAUAUCGGCUAUUGUGUCUCCGGUUGUCCACAGUUCAUCACCAGAAGGCCUCAUGCCAAUGGACACCGACACUGAAGCUGCUACUCAGUUGCAAAUGAUUAUGAGUGAAAUACAGCCACGAGACACCAAUGAUUUCUUUGCCAAUCCAAGGAUAUUACAAGAACAAAGUGACCUACUUUCCCAGCCCCUCCCUGAAGACCGUGCACCAUCCAAUACCCUGUGUGCAGAAAUGAAUGUGAAGGAAGGCGCCUCAUGCAAUGUGACUGCGCAGAUGGUACUUGUGUGUUGUUGGAGAAGCAUGAAGGAAGUGUCGCUGCUUUUGGGAAUGCUGUGCCAGCGACUUCCUCUUCAGACACAGCCUGACUCUCCUGUGGGACUUAUAACUGUGGAGCAGGUGAAAGUGAUGGGGGAGUAUUUCAAACAUCACCUUUUACAGUCCAGACACAGAGGAGCUUUUGAACUUGCUUAUGUUGGGUUUGUAAAGCUCACAGAAAUGCUGAUUGGAUGUGAUGAGAAAAGCCUGUAUUGCUUACCAAGCCAGUGGUUAUGCAAUGUCUUAGAGGAAAUUAAAUCGAGUGAUCCAUCUUCUAAGCUAUGUGCAACCAGACGCAGUGCUGGAAUUCCAUUCUACAUUCAGGCUCUUGUCGCUUCUGAACCCAAGAACAGUAAAGCCGGCCUCUUGAAAAUGACCAUGAAGGAUUUAAUUGCCUUGGCAAUGCCUGCAAGUGAAUCGUCUGGAAACCCCAGCACAAUCCCACAGGUUCAUGCUUUGAAUAUUUUGCGAGCCCUAUUCCGAGACACUCGCUUGGGGGAAAAUAUAAUUCCAUACAUUGCAGAUGGGACGCAAGCAGCAAUCCUUGGUUUUACCUCCCCUGUCUGGGCAGUGAGAAAUUCCUCCACACUGCUCUUCAGUACACUGAUUACAAGAAUAUUUGGAGUCAAAAGAGAAAAAGAUGAACGUUCCAAGAAAAACAGGAUGACAGGAAGGGAAUUCUUCUCUCGUUUUCCGACACUUUACCCAUUUCUUCUGAACCAUCUGGAAAUUGUAGCAAAUACUGUUGACAGUGAAACAGGAGAAUCAAAGCUUCACCCCAGUUUGUUCCUUUUGCUUCUGAUCCUAAGCAAACUGUACCCCUCUCCAAUGGAUGGUACCUAUUCUGCUCUCAGUAUGAGCCCGUUUAUCCCAUUUAUUUUGAGAUGUGGUCACUCACCGGUAUACCGUUCACGGGAAAUGGCAGCACGUGCUCUUGUUCCUUUUCUUAUGAUUGACAACAUUCCUCAGACUGUAAUCAAUUUAAUAAAUAGCCUUCCAGAUUCGUCCAGUCCAACUCUAAAACAGAACAAUAUUCAUGGGACACUUUUACAAGUUUUCUACUUGCUGCAGUCCUUCUUUGAGGCUAAACACACAGCUAAUUCAGACCGAAUUCAGCGGGAGAUAUGUGACAUCAUUAAUAGUAUCCAAGCCAAAGUGUGGUUGGCCAAAAGGAAUAACCCCUGCUUGGUGACAAGAGCAGCUUUUAUUGACAUCUUAAAUGUGGUUGGCAAAUACUCGGGAAGAGCAAAAAAUCAAGACUCAGUAACUUUUUCGGACAAUGUCUUUUCUAUCGUUGAUGAUUGCCAAUUGGAAAAAGACACUUACCAUAGUGCAGCCGUUCCUGGCCUUGUACAAUACUUACAGAGUGUUGCACGAUUAGUUUUAUCACAACUGACUCUGAGAGCCAAGCCUGAGAUGUCAAACACGGGUCAGUUGGAUGCUGCUGCCAACCGUAUUUCUUCCACAAGUCUGGUCCAGAGUAUGCUAAAGUCAGAUUUCCAUGAAGUGCGCUUGUUGGUACUUGAAUUUAUAUUACAAUGGAUCAAAAAUUCUGCAGAGGCUGCACGGUUGUAUGUGUCAUCUGACGUUCAAGAAACACUUUUAGAGACGUUAAUAAAAGAAAGUAAUUCUGAAUGUUUAUGCCAAGUGCUAAGGAUCCAUUAUGGAUUAGAGACUGAAACUGUAUUACUGAUGGCAAAAAAUCAUCUCCUGGUGGAGCAUAAUGAAUUCUUAAGGAAAAUUGUAAAGCUUGCAUCUACAUCAAGCCAAAGUGUGGAAAUCCAGAGCUCAGCUCUUAAACUUGCUUCGAAGUUGAUCAUCAAUCUUGUAGCCAAGACCCAAGAGACCAUUGACACAGAGUUAAAUGACUGGCUCUGCCUAAUAGUUCACUGUUGUGAAGAUGAGCUCCAAGCUGAAGUGAAACUGGCGUCUGCAGAGAUUCUCGUUAAUGUUGCACCACAUUUUCUAAUUAACCAACUGCCUGUAUUAGGAUUUUCAAAUACGUUAAGCCUCUGGGCAUGCAUAUUUCAUCUGCUGCAGAGUGAAGAACAGGAUGUCAGGGAGACCGCUGCAGAUAUCAUCAGGGUUUAUCAUGCUCAAAAAAGCACAGAAUCAGUUUUUCCAUAUUGUAUUGUCAGCCCUCCGAUGGCUAUAGAUCUGGCCUUUGGUGUCCUGUGUGAGUUGAUUCAGCAAUGGGGUGAAGUUCCAGCUGGCGUUCUGGUCCUUAUGGAGUGGCUGUUGGGAGAGGAUGACCUCAGUGAUCUAGAGACUGUGAAAUUGGUGGAUGAAGACUACUUGUUUGAGAAAGGAGAAGCAAACUUCUGGGCCGAGAAACUGACAUACGUCCGGUUGCUCACAAAGCAUCUCACUGUGCUUAUCUCAUCUGCUCCUUCCAAUCUUCCAUCUCAAACAGAGCUCUGUCCGGUGUUGCAUGCCGCCUCCGAACGCUCAGACCGUAUACAGCGUCAUCUGCAGGAUUUACCCUCUACUCCAGAGUUUCUGAAGACAACAGAAUACACCAGAUUAUGUAUUCAUAAGGAAAGGAUAUCUAGAUGCAUGAAGAUACUGGCAUCACUACAGCAGCAGAACCGCAGUGACAUCAUUUAAGCAAUAGUGUUUAUUAUCUUUUUUUUCUAACAUAUAAGUAAAAUAUUUGUUAAAGACUGAAUUGUCAAGUGUUUUAUGAUUAUGAAUAAAAUUGGACUGUUUUAAA